AGGGCCCAGAUCUAGCCAGAAGGACGUUGAUGGACAUCAAAAUCAGCCAUCGGAAGGCUCCGAUCCCAGAGACUGGCACUGUUCCCCACCAAUAGCAUUUGGGAAUCUGGCAAGGGUCCAAUCGUGGCUAGAGCAGGGCGGAGCUGCACGUUCUUGUUGUCGUCCUCAGAAGAGUCGGUCGCUUCGCUCGCCAGGAAGAAAGGACCGGCGGGCAGCGGAGGCUCGAUUAGUCGGCUGUAUCGUCCCGAUUAAUCGGGACCAUGUCGAGGCGGGCGGGACCCCGGCGGGCCGCUUGGAAGAGACGGGCCGAGGCGGCGGCGGCGCCGCAUUCGAGUUCGCUGCGGAGACUGCGCCGUUUGACGGGGCAAAACCCCUGAAGGAACCCCGCGGCGGAUCGGGAGCAGGAAGCGGAUCCCGGGCGGGAAGCGCGUCCUUGUGGCCGAAGCCCUGAGAACUGUUCUUGCGCCAGGGAAGGACGACAAUGAAGCUCUUGGAAAACUCCAGUUUUGAAGCCAUAAACUCCCAGCUGACCGUGGAGACAGGAGACGCACACAUCAUUGGAAGGAUCGAGAGCUACUCCUGCAAGAUGGCGGGCGAUGACAAGCACCUCUUCAAGCAGUUCUGCCAGGAGGGCCAGCCGCAUGUGCUCGAGGCCCUGUCCCCGCCCCAGACCACGGGGAUCAGCCCCAGCAGGCUCAGCAAGAGCCAGAGCGGCGACGAGGGGGGGCCGCUCAGUGACAAGUGCAGCCGCAAGACCCUGUUCUACCUGAUCGCGACACUCAACGAGUCCUUCCGGCCGGACUACGACUUCAGUGCUGCCAAGAGCCACGAGUUCAGCCGGGAGCCAAGCCUCAACUGGGUGGUGAACGCCGUGAACUGCAGCCUCUUUUCCGCCGUGCGGGAGGAUUUCAAUGCACUGAAGCCGCAGCUCUGGGACGCCGUGGACCACGAGAUCUGCCUCUCGGAGUGCGACAUCUACAGCUACAACCCGGACCUGGACUCGGACCCGUUCGGCGAGGAGGGCAGCCUGUGGUCCUUCAACUACUUCUUCUACAACAAGCGGCUGAAGCGCAUGGUCUUCUUCACCUGCCGCUCCAUCAGCGGCUCCACGUAUCCGCACCCCGAGGCUGCGAACGAGCUGAACAUGGACCUGAGCGAGGACGACGUGGAGGAGACGGCCGGCACCUGCGACAAGGACGGGGGCAGCAUCGAGGAGGACAGGAGACAGGUGAUCUGCAUGUGACUGCGGCCGAGCUGCCCCGCACGCCCUCGCUGUGGUUGGCCCCGCCGGCGUUUCCCCGCCCCAGCCCACGCUGCGCCGCCGCCCCCGCCCCGCAGAUGCUGCCCGAGGAGCCGGACGGAUGGGGCGCCUGGCCCGACUUCGGGGCGCCGGACUCGGGUGCUGCAGCGCUGGACUUGUUGCUCUGCCCUUCCGAGGAGGGCUGGCCCGCCCCGAAGCACUUCUGCCCCACGCCGGGCCCCGGGGGCGGCGCCUGCCUGCAGCUGUGCCGCGCCCCCGCUCACGAUGCUGGAUCGGCCCCAGCCGGCGCGAACACGGGGAUCGCCCCAUUUCAAGGCACGGUGGGGCCGCUCUGCCGCCUCCCCACCUGGCGCUUUGGCCUGCUGCUUUUGGCGACUCUUCCUGCCCUCCCCGUGCUCACGGCCGGACAAACUGCUGGAUGGACUCGGGGCCGGGAGAGCCGUGCCCGCGCGCCGGUGCUGCGUGGCCCCCGGGAGGCGGCCGUCUCCUCUCAGCCGCAGAAGAUGCGAAGCGGACCGCCGGGUGCCGGACGCGGGCGCCAGGGCAGUGCCGCUGCUUCGCCUUCCUGAGGGCCCCUAGAGUUUUAUUUUUGUAUUCAGGCCCAACGGCCCAGCCUGCCGCCUGCUUCCCUGGACCACCGGCUGCUCAACAAAGCUUCCUUUGCAGCCCCCGACAGGAAGGCGCGUCCCUCCUUGGCGAAGCCCAUGGCUGCUGUCUUCCUCUCAGGGGCGGGGGUCGUUGCUGACAGCGGGGGUCGCUCGAAUGCCCCCCUUACCCGGCCCCUGCCUGGACUGCGCUGCUGCGGCGGAGCUGCCCUUCUCCCCCCUUCUCUUGCACUGACUUGAUUCCCUCUGUGGGGAGGGGGGCUGUUCCCUCAGUGGGGGAGCAGAGCGGGGCGGAGGCGAGGGGGCGCCUGGGCGGGGCUACAUGGGUGGCAGAGCCCCCCGGCAAGGUGGAAGCGCCUGCUGGCACCACCAGAGCGGCCCCCCGGCUUGGCAGCACUGCGGAAAGGCAGCUGCUCUGGGCAGGCGGUCUGGCGCCAGGCCGCUGCCGCGCGGAAGGGGGAGCUGCUGCCUGGGGGCUGCCUCCUGCCAUCUUCGAGGGGUUCAGGAGGGCCCCCCACUCGGGGCACCACCUUCACUGCCGGCUGCAGGCCGAAGCACUCCCACCUCCCCUGCAGCUCACCUGCCCGGAAGCAGGAGGGGCCGCAGCCCCCUUUUGCCGGCCUCCCACUUGGGCCAGGCAGUGAGCAGUUUGGGGAGCGCCUCCCCCCCCCCCCGCUGCCCCGCUGGAGCGACCGGCUGUUUACUUCCUCCUCUGUUUAACUAUGUUGCCUAGCAAUUACUGGUGCGGCUAUAAACUCGUUUCCUCUGUGA